GAUGGCAGCAACGGAGGAUGCGGGCGGCAGAGAGCAGGGGGUGACGCGUGACUCGCUGUGCAGUAUAGUUAUCUGUAAUGACGCCUCCCUACGGAGCCAGCCCGUCAUUUACAACCCAGACUUCUUUGUGGAAAAGCUUCGGCACGAGAAUCCGGAAGUGUUUACCGAGCUGGUGGUCAGCAACAUCACGAGGCUGCUGGACCUGCCCGGCACAGAUCUUGCCGAGCUCAUGGGAGAAGUGGAACCGAAACUUCCCGGACCUAACGCUACAGCCGCUAACUUCUUCAAGUCGCUCAACUUUCUUAAGCGUAAAGAGAAAGGCAUCGUCUUUGGAGCACCACUGACAGAAGAAGGCAUUGCACAGAUAUACCAGCUCAUCGAGUAUCUGCACAAAAAUCUCCGCACUGAAGGCUUGUUUCGAAUCCCCGGGAACAGCAAUCGUCUGCAGAUCCUUAAAGACUCUCUCAAUAGUGGAACGGACAUUGAUGUGGAUUCCGGGGAGUUUCACCCCAAUGAUGUGGCCACGUUACUUAAAAUGUUUCUGGGUGAAUUGCCCGAACCCUUGCUGACACACCGCCAUUACCAGGCUCAUUUAAAGAUUGCAGAUCUAAUGCUUCUUGAUGACAAGGGUAACCGGACGGGGGCACCUGAUAAGGAGCGACAAAUGGAGGCUCUGCAACUUCUGUUUUUACUUCUCCCGUCCUCCAACAGGAAUCUUCUCAAACUGCUACUGGAUCUCCUGUACCAAACGGCCAAAAAACAGGACCGCAACAAGAUGUCCGCCCACAACCUGGCGCUGAUGUUUGCCCCACACAUCGUAUGGCCCAAGAAUGUCACUGCAAAUGAUUUGCAAGAACAUAUAAUAAAGCUGACCAACGGAGUCACCUUCAUGAUUAAACACUCUCAAAAACUUUUUAAGGCUCCUGCUUAUAUACGGGAAUAUGCCCGGCUGUACUUCAGCGGCAGCAAAACCCCCGCCUCCAAGGAUGAUCUGGAGCUAUUGUCUUCUGAAACCCGCAACGAGUUUCCGUUUGUAAAGAGCCAGAAAAGAAGCCGGUUCGGAUCAUCACCCUCAUCCUCCACAUCUCAGCAGGAACUGACGCAGCGGCGCACAGAGGAAGCCUUAAGAGAAUUGUUUCAACACGUCCACAAUAUGCCAGAUUCUGCGAAGAAGAAAAAGCUCAUCCGGCAGUUCAAUAAACAUAAUCCAGGAACACCCGACCUGAGCAGCACGAAGAACCAUGUCCGCUCGCGCUCCUUCAGCGGGAUGAUUAAGCGUAAAGUCUUGGGCGGACAGGUGGUGUCCGAGAAGAAGAGGACGGUGACCCCAAUGUCCUCACAAGGAUCAGAAUACGUCAAGGAAAAUGUGAAAUAUGUGUCCCAAGAAUCUCCUGCAGUUUAUUUUACAAAAGCCAAAUUAAAGCUUACCGAGCACACUCAUGGCAAGAAAGAGGCACCCAGUAAGGUAAAACGGGCACAUCUCUUGUCUACGCAAGAAACCUCCAUUUAA